ACGAUUGAUUCCAAAUUUACUAAUUUCAUAUCAAAAACGAGCGAUUUUUUCAUCAAAGUAUGCAUUUAAAACAGAUACAAACCAAUCAAUUAAUCAACUUGCAAAUUUACAAGCAACUUUUCCUUCAAGGACUCAUACGUGUGGAGACUUAUGCUCAAGCCACGUUGGUCAACGUGUAAUAUUAAAUGGAUGGGCCCAAAAAAUUCGCAUGAUAUCCUCGGAAUUGAUCUUUCUUCCAAUUCGAGAUUCAUUUGGGACAACACAACUUGUAUGUACAUCAUCUAAAUUAAAAGAAGAACUUUCUCAAUUAUCGACGGAAAGUGUUAUUUGUAUAGAAGGAGUUGUCGUUAAAAGAUCAAAAGAAACUAUCAACAUGCAAAUUUCAACUGGUGAAAUUGAAGUUGAAAUUGAUAAGUUUUAUUGUCUCAAUCGGGCAAAUAACUUGCCAUUUUUCCCGUUGGAUAGUAGAAAAUUA